AUGCAUUUACUGGUAGAGAAUCCUAACCUAUCGCUGUCUUUGGCGCUGACUGGGUUGAGGCUGGUGGGGUUCUGGCCACCUGAAGGUCUCGCCGGUACCACGAGGACGGCUUACGACGUGUACGCAGCCUUCUCGUUUACUGUGUUACUUGGAAUAUUCCUGUUAGCCCAGACCAUUGACUUAUUCGUGAUAUGGGGCGACAUACCCCUGAUGACGGCUACCGCCUUCCUCUUGUUCACCAACCUGGCCCAAGCCACCAAGUUCAUCAACAUUGCUGUGAGGGGGGACAGGAUCCGAGCGCUGGUUGAUGAUGGGAGCAGGGUGCUGAAGGCAGUGGAGACUGAGGAGGCGAGGAACAUUGUAAUUAAUUGUGACAAGCAAACCCGCCUGCAGCUGAUAUCAUUUUUCACCCUCACCCUGGUCACCAUAACCGGCUUCGCCACCAGUGCCGAGAGCGGAAACCUACCUCUCAGAGCUUGGUACCCAUACGACACCACAAAGUCACCAGCAUACGAGCUCACAUACGCCCACCAGGUAUAUGCCCUGUUCGUGGCGGCGUUCCUCAAUGUGGCCAAGGACACUGUGGUGACCAGUCUUCUGGCCCAGUGUCACUGCCGGCUGCAACUCCUAGCCCUGUCCUUGAGGACCCUCUGUCGGGAUCUACCCGUCCAGGGUGUGGGUCUCCUGUCUCCCCAACAAGAGAAGACCCUGGUCUCCCGCAUCCGACGCUGCGUGGUCCACCAUCAGUCAGCCCUGGAGGCUGCCACUCAGAUGCAGCUGUACUUCUCCGAGCCCACUUUUGCGCAGUUUAACGUGUCGCUGGUCAUCAUCUGUGUCACCGCCUUCCAGCUUGUUUCUCAAUCUGGCAACAUGGUUAGACUGGCGUCGAUGUGUACGUACCUCGUGAAUAUGAUGUUCCAGGUGUUCCUGUACUGCUACCAGGGGAACCAGCUGUCUGAGGAGAGCUCAGAGAUCGCCGGCGCAGCGUACCUAAGUCCCUGGUACGUCAUGUCUCCAGCGCGGCGCCGUGACAUCCUGUUCAUCAUGACGAGGUCCAGAAGAAUCGCCCGCAUCACCGCUGGUGGCUUCACCACUCUAUCCUUGGCUUCGUUUAUGGCGAUAAUUAAAGCAUCAUAUUCCCUGUUCACCUUGUUGAAACAAGUCGACGAGAAAUGCCUCUACAUAACAGUUCAAGCAGCUGAACUGAUCAGCGUCUUCGGUGAUGUCUCCGCGAUGACCAGCGCUGGGUUCCUGCUGUUCACCAACAUCGUGCUGUUCAUCAAGAUGAUCAACGUGAUGAUGAGACGCGACCAGAUACACGAGAUGGUCGAUGACAUGGAUAAGAAGCUGAGGGACGUGAAGGAUGAUGAUGAAAUCGCUGUAGUAAAGAGCGUGGACAGGCUGACUACUUGGCAGCUGUACAUAUUCACGUUCCUGUCUCUCAAUGUGGUGUUUGGAUUGGCUGCCAGUGUGGAGAAACCUCUUCUGCCAUUACCAGCUCGAUAUCCGUUUGACGCUACUGUAUCUCCGGCCUUUGAAAUAACUUAUCUGCAUCAAUCUACAGCACUGAUCUUGUCGGCCAUAGUGAACAUCAGCUUGGACACAUUGGUGACGUCACUUACUGCGCAGUGCUACUGCCGGUUCAGACUGCUAGCGUUAUCGCUGACUAAGCUGUGUCAAAACCUGAAAGUUAAUGCUAAGAUGAUGCUAUCAGAAGAUGAUGAGAAAAUUGUCCUACUUCGUCUACGAGCCUGUGUUAAAGAACACCAGGCCAUCUUGCUGAAAGCAGUUCAGAUACAGAAGAACUUUUCCAUGCCUAUCUUCUACCAGCUGACAGUGUCCAGUUUCAUAAUCUGCGUGACCGCUUACCAGCUGGCAUUUGAAGAAAUGCAGUUUGUACGUCUGUGGUCAUUGCUCGCAUAUUUGACGGUCAUGAUGUUGCAAGUGUUUUUGUAUUGUUAUCACGGCAACGAAUUGACUAUUCAGAGUACGGAGAUUUCGGCGGCGGCUUACGAGUGUCCUUGGUACGUAUGCUCGAGGACCCUCAGGAGGAACCUCCUCAUGCUGAUGAUCCGCUCCGUGAGAGUGGUCUGCAUCACAGCCGGUGGAAUAACCAAUCUUUCGCUUGGCACGUUCAUGCGGGUGAGAAUCUACAUACAUACAUAUAAUCACAUUAUAAAGGCAUCGUACUCGUUCUUCACGGUGUUGCAAACUGUUCAAGAAUAA